AUCAGGUUUUUUUACAAAAAAAAAUCAAAUGGCUAAGUUUUAUUGAAAUAUUGAAUAGGCUAGUGAAAUGUUCAAGUAAAAAUAACUAUGUGUAGCUUUCUAACUUUUUUUUCUAGCAGUUGAUAUUUUGAAACUAUUAUACACAAAGAGUUAUUACUUGUUGUAAACAAAUCAAUUUCUCAUUUUGUUAACAAAAAAAGCAUUCCUUUGUACCUACGAAAACUUCCAAAACCUACCAGCUCCAUUUGUUUCCGGCAUUUGGAGAAAACCAAAUUUUUCUCUAGUUAAAAAGUACCAAUUAGGUAUACGAUAAGUAAACUCAGUCAAAAAAUUGUUUCAUCCAUUUUCUUUUCACUAGGAGUCCGUCUACUCAUCGCAUAUAUUUUUUUAGAGAAAGUUAAUUUUUUUCAAAUGCCAAACCAAAUGCCGCACACUCCUGGUCUCUACUAGAGAAGUUCACUUUUUUUCCUGGAAUUUCGAGUUUUGGCAUAUGAUAGUCCUAUAAUUAAAGCCUUGUCUGCCUUGUCUUUACCGUUCACUCCUCCAUAAUUACAAAACCAGAUGACGAUCAGAAAAGAAAUGCGAAAGAGAAAAAAACUGUAGAACAGGAGGGGGGAAUUCGCCUGAAACAUAAUACUAGAGUAUUCGGCAAGAAUUUUGUCAAGUUCGGCAUAAAUUCCCGUUUCGAUUAUCUCACGUCCGACUGAUUCAAUUCGUUACUUUUUGUGUUUCUCUUCAUCUUCUCCUUCUCUCCCCCCUCGCCAAUUCUUAUGAUUUAUCCGGUACCAACUUAUGCAUUUUUCUAGCUGACAAUUUCAUUAUAUUCCUAAACUUUCCCAACAAGUAACGCUCCCAUGGAUGAGCCGGUCAUUGACACAUCGACUCCAGAAUCGCUGGAAAGAGAUUUUAUGGCUUGGUUAAACAGCGAUCCAACAAAUACUCCAAUCCGAAAAUCCGUGUACCAUAGUUCUGACUCUAUUGCCCCUGCACUGAUAAGCCAGUUUACAGAUGCAUUUGAAGCUGGUAUGUACAAUCCCUAUUACUACCCAGACACAUCCGACAGUGGCUCGCCUUCCUCUCUCUCUUGUUCGUCACUAGAUUACGAUGUACCACCCCCACCACAAUACGAGAAGGAUGUUGCACGAAGUUCAGGAAGAAAUCAAUUGGGUAGGACGUACAGCCCCGGAUUGCCGUUGUCAAUGUGUGAACGCGAGGAGAUUGUGAAGCUUUUUCAGGGUGGUUGGAAAAUUUGCGACAUUUCAAAACGGCUCUGUGUCACGCACAGUUGUGUGAGCAAAAUUCUUAAUAGAUACCGCCAAACUGGAUCAGUAAAGCCAAAGGAUGCAAAAGAAGGUCGAACGGAAUCUCCUUUAGUUUUAGCUGUUAGGGAUUAUCGAUCACGACUCGGAAUGUGCAGGCAAAGUGAAAUUCGGGAGCAGCUGAUUAGAGAUGGAGUUUGCACUCGAGAUAAUGCACCAUCAAGGAGUAGUAUUAAUCACAUUCUCCGGACAAAACUGGAUAUAAAGCGACGGAAGAAAAGCUUGGCGGACGAAUAAUCAGUCGCGUUCUUGUUUUUGAUAAUGUGACCCUACGGCUCAAAUUUUGUCAACUAAAUUGUUAAUCUUAUUUUUCGGUUUUUUAAAUUCUCAAUUUUCAAGUCUUUCAAUACUUACUUUUCUUAGAUUUUUUCAGCUCGAUUACACCUAAUCGUUAUAGAUCUCGUGGUCAUCAUGUAAUUUAGCUGGUAUCUUUUUUUCACACACUCCAAACCGGCGACUAUCUCCACCUGUUUUCUGUCGUAGUUAAUGUAUCUCUUGGUCUUUUUCCAUCUCUCGGAACCCUCACAUUAAAAUAUAAUUUUUAAACUUUUUUAAUAAAACAUUUGUAUCUA